GCAGUAGAGAAGGAGGAGCGUGACCAACAGCGCGCUCAACAGCGGAAGGAAAUUGAUCAACGCAAGGCUCAAAGACAGCGUGAUAAGGAAGCUCACAACACUCAAAAAGACAUACAACAGUCCCAAUUAGGCAAGCGCAAAGCUUCAAACCCUCUAGCAAGGCCCAAGAAGAAGCGGCAUCAUGGUGUAGCUGCUUGUAGGGGUAUUGUGCUGGCAAGCCCACCCCGGGAAGUUCCCACAACAACCACCCGCCAUGGCCAGACCUCAACUCUGCCUGCACGUUUU